AUGAACCCGAAAAACAUUCUUAAAACGGCAUUUUCGACCACAAACGGACAUUACGAAUAUACGCGUAUGCCCUUUGGUUUAAAAAACGCGCCACCGACAUUUCAAAGAAUAAUGAAUAAAAAAUUAAAAAAUUUAGUCGGCAAUAGUUGCUUCGUUUACAUCGAUAAUAUAAUUGUGUACGGAAAGACGAUCGAGGAACACAACAGAAAUUUAAAAACGUUAUUUGAACGAUUAAGACAAGUGGAUUUGAAGCUACAACCCGAUAAAUGCGAAUACUUGCGUCCGGAACUCGAAUAUUUAGGUCACUUAAUCUCAGAACGCGGCGUGCAACCAAAUCUGAAAAGAAUUGAGAAAGUCCAAACAUAUCCAGUUCCCAAAAAUCCGAAAGAAAUAAAACAAUUUCUUGGACUCGUUGGAUAUUAUCACGCAUCUAACGAAGCGAUCGGGGCAAUACUCUCACAAGGAGAGAUAGGCAAAGAUAAGCCAUUGGCUUUUGCCUCUAGAACACUUAACAACGCCGAAACACGUUAUAGUACCACCAAAAGAGCUUCUGGCAAUCGUAUGGGCGACAAAGCAGACAGUAUUUAUUCGAUCGCAAAGAUGAAUCCGAGAUUGAUCACUUUCCUGAUGAUAGUAAUUCUACAGUGUCAUCUGAAUAACGGGGAAACUGAAAAAUAUUCAAUAAAGCAACUUGACAACGACGAAGUAGUCUAUUUAGAAACAAUAGCUAAAAUAAAAUUGUACCACAAACAGUGGAAAAUUAUAAUAGGGUACGACUUAUCCGACGUAGAAAGUCAUUUCGCGGAGCUCCAAGGAGCUUAUGAUCAGUUAGCGGAAAAAUGCAUUAACACAGUCCAAAACCGUAGCUGGACUUGUUCUUCUAGGCUUAGAAUCCACAAACAACGUGUAGAAUUAAGUGAAAUAGAAAGCGAUUUAGAAAACGUAUUAUAUUUAGCAGGAGUCCGAACGAAGAAAUCGAGAAGUAAACGCGAGCUCUUCGACUUUGUAGGCGAAGUUAGUAAAACGCUUUUUGGCACAUUAGACGAUACAGAUGCGGCCUAUUAUAAUCAGGAGUUAGAUAAAUUGUAUAAAAAUCAAAGAAAUCUCGUACAAUAUGUUCAGAAUCAAACGAGUAUGAUAUUCAAAACGUUUGCGGGUGAUAAAGAACUUGCGAAUGAAUUCUCCAGCUCGAUAGAACGUAUGAAUGCACAGUUCAACAAAUUUAGAGAUUUAAGCCAAGCUAACGAACUUAACAUUUUGAUAGAUGAGAGCCUACUCGACUUAAAUAAUGAAAUGCAAAGAUUAAUCAGAGAAAUAGAGAAAUCAGAAAAACUAAUUGUUGACGCGAGUAUGGCACUGUGCAGCCAUAUAUUCUAUCUCCCAGAAAGCUUUUUGAUGUCCUUAGAGAACAUAAACAUGUCGACAAUUUUCUUGUACUACUGGAGGAAACAUAUUAUAUGA